AUGUGCAUAGUCCUCCUCACCACGUCCCACCCGGACUACGCCCUCAUCGUCAUCGACAACCGUGACGAGUUCAUCCUACGCCCCACCUCGCGCCCCCACUGGUGGAAGCCAGAGCCCGAGGCCCCUACCCCGGAGGACAGGCAGGAGAUCCUCUCCUCCCGGGACCUCCAGCGCGCCGAACGCGGCACCUGGCUCGGUGUCACCAAGGCCGGGCACUUCGCCGUCCUCACAAACUACCGCGAGACCGACACAGCCGACGCCCAGCACCCGGUUCAUGGCGUCCGCUCCCGCGGCGGCAUGGUCACGGCGUGGCUGACCGCCUCCCCCAACGAGGACCUCCGGUCCUUUGUCGAGCGCAUGCUCAAGGACGGCGGCACCCACGGCGUCGGCGGCUUCUCCCUCAUCUGCGGCAAGCUGCGCCGCAACAAGGAUUCGCCGGCUGACCCGGCGGCGCGCACCCUCGAGCCCCUGGCCAUCAUCUCCAACCGCAGCGACACGGCCGCCGAGGUGCCCUACGUCGCCGGCCAGCGCGGCGAGGUCUACGGCCUGUCCAACACGUGCUUCGACGACCCGCUCGUCUGGCCCAAGCUCGAGGACGGCAAGUUCGCCCUGCGCCAGACGGUCGAGGCGGCCGUCGCCCGGUCCGCGCCCGAGGACGAGCUCCUGGCGGACCUGUUCGCUAUCCUCGACGCCGACACGCUGCCGCGCGACGACGCCAUGAGCUUCGAGGAGUACAUCGGCGUGCUCAAGCAGUCCAUCUUCAUCCCGCCCAUCGGCGACGAGGACCACCGCCGCGACAUGGACCACGCGCGCCGCCGCGGUAGCGCCUCGGUCACGGGCGCCCCGCACGCCGACCAUCUGAGCCCCGAGGCCACGGCCGAGCUGCGCGGCGAGGAGCGGCCCGACGCCCAGCCCAUGGGCUUCAUGACGGGCAUGUACGGCACCCAGCGCCAGACGGCCAUCCUCGUCGACUGGGACGGCAACGUGCGCUACACGGAGCGGGCGCUGUACGACUCCAACGGCAGGCCUAUCGAGCGUGGCCAGGGCGACGUGACGCAUCGCUUCAAGGUCGAGGGUUGGGGCUCAUGA